CCAAUAUCCCCCCAUCACCCAAUCAACCACCUCCCCAACUACACUUCUCCCCUUCACAAAUCAUCUCCGCUUGAGCAUCACCGCCCGGCGCGUGCCUCUACAUCCAUUUCAUCAUCUCACCACUCAUUUUAGUCAUUCAUUUCUCAUCUCUCCACACCAUACCAAGCCUCCCUUCAAUAAUCACCCACCGUCCCUCCCAUAAUUGAAUCUCCCGCGCCUCCACCGCCAACACCGCAAUUCUAAUCAGCACAAAUGGGUAUCUGCGCUUCAUGUCUCGGACGUAAUCGUGGGGAACCUCAAAAUCCCACCCACCCCGAAUCCGCCCGUCUCCUCGAAGAUGACAUCUACCAACCCGGCUACGGCUACGGCGCCCUAAACCAAUCCGCCCAAGGCAACCACCCCGACCCCGGCUACCUGAAGCGCGAACGAGAAGCCCUCGAAGCAAUCUGUCAACGGACAUCAGACUCCGUCAUCGACAUCUGGUCUCUGCAACCGCAACCACACCUCCAACCUCGCGCCACUCUUCCCAGCGCCGUCCCCCCAUCAACAACCUCCGAUCCCGACGCAGCACCCCCGUGAAAGUCACCACCACCGACUCGACCCCCGUCCGGACCAAGCGAUCCGUUUCCCCGACAGGCGGCACGGUCCCGAAGCAUUGGGGCGAGGUGGUGAUUAAUACGCGCAAGAACCGGUCGCGGCCUGGGUCGAGUACGGAGGAGAAUGCCGAUCGGGAUGUAUUUGGGGUGCUGAAGGUUACA